AUGAGCUACCCACCACCUGGGUCCGGCCAGUACCCGCAUUAUAUACCGCCGCCGCAGUACCAACACGGACAAAUUCCCCCGCAGAUACUGUACAAUAAUGCCGGUCCUCCGCCAUCCCCAUACGAUGGCUAUGGCAAACCGAAUAUGUAUCCCUCGGCCAUGAUGCAGUAUCCACAGUAUCCUUCGAGUUAUAACCAACAGCCACAGCCGCAACAGUCGCGUCCUCCACCGCAAACUCCACCGCAACAGCGGCCUCAAUUACAGCCGCAUGCCAUUCAACCACGACCUCAACCAGGACAACAACUUCUCCCUCAGAUACAGUCGCCUCCUUCGCCUCAGCAGCUCCAGCCUUCACCUGCACCCCUACCUCAAAUCCAACAAGAAGAGCUGCAACAUCAGUUCGUGAAUCCGUCUCAAUUGUUUGUACAACAACCUUUGCCAACAGCUCCGCGAUCCCGAUAUACGCAAAUUGCUCCUCAGUAUGGCGAGCCAAAUAUGCCUCCGCCCGCGAGUCCGUCUCGAAUACAACCGGCUCCCUCGCUGGCUCCACAGCCACCUACACCUGUCCAAGUCAUUCUACCUUCUAUCAGUCCCAAACCCAACAUCCAGCCCAACCAAGGACAGGCAAACAUGCAAAAACUGCAACGAAACCCCACCAAUGCUGAGCCCAAACCGCCUAAGACAUCUCCCAAAGUGCAGCCUCAGAAGAUCCAAAAAAUUCCUAUUGCAACUCCUAUCAAAACACCUGCCGCAACUCCUAUACCAAUGUCGAAACGGCCCACCCCAGCUCCAUCACCGGUGAUACAUGCAAAGCCACAGGUGAUGAUCCCGGCUCCUUCUCCUGAUGUAAGAGCAAAGAUGCAAGCACAAAUCCCGAACAAACAGCCGCAUGCAAAUCACGUGGAGAAGAAGAGACCGAGCCAACAGUCUGCGGAAAAGCAUGGGAAACUCACAGCUCCAAAGCCUACGAAACCCCCGGUCGACUAUCAGGUGCUUCUGUUGUCCUUGGCGGAUGAGUAUCUCAAUGCUGCCCAUGCUCGCGGCACAAUUACAUCAAUGGCUACCCGCCCGACAGAUGUUGAGGAAUAUUAUAAAUUAGUUGCUACUGGAUUGGGGUGUCUGGAAGCUGUAUUAAAGAAUUGGCGAUUGCAACCCCGCAAAGAAGCCCUUGUUCGACUUCGCUAUGCGCGUACAUUGUUUGAGGAAACCGAUAAUGACAUCGAAGCAGAAACAGCUCUAAGUAAAGGGAUUGAUCUUUGUGAACGAAACCGCAUGCUUGAUUUGAAAUACAGCAUGCAACAUCUCUUGGCGAGAAUGCUACAUAAGACUAAUCCGAGAGCUUCCUUGAAAGCCGUCGAUGGCAUGAUCCAAGAUGUGGAAGCAUACCGACACGCUGCAUGGGAAUAUGCAUUCCGUUUCCUUCGUGUUACUCUCUCACUUUCUUCUCCGUCGCAUCAAGAUUCUGUUCAAGCGCUGCAGCAUCUCCACAAAAUCACAGCCAUGGCUAGCCGUAACGGAGACAAGGCUGUGUCAGCAAUGGCGGCAGUCAUUGAAUCUCUCGCGCACUUGCAACAAGGAACAAGUUCCGAUUCCAUUGAGCAGGCGCAGCGUGCAGUGGCCGCCGCGCGCAGCCAUCAACUUAAUGAUGAGCUUCGCCACAUACCCCAGCUUACAACUUUGAUUCAGAUGGUGGAUAUCUGCUGCAGCGUUCUUGAGUAUGAUGUCAACCAGUCUGGUCAAAAGCUGAAGGUCAUGCAGGCGUUGAUGGACGAGACUCUCAGUGAUAGCAACUGGCGUCCAGAUGGGUCAUUUUCCGUUCCUCUCAAUGGAAAAUCUGCGGGACCAUCUUCCAUUGACACUGGUGACAUCUUGCAGGUCCAAAAUGGGACUUUACUUUUAAGCUUCAACUGGCUUCCGCAGCAUGAUCUUUAUGCGCUUUGCUAUUUCCUCAGCUCGCUCACUCUCAGCUCCAAGAACUCGUACGAUGGCCGAAAGGCAGAGAAAUAUCUCGAAGAGGGGCUCAGAAUGGUUCAAAGCAACUUCAAAGCUCCACAAGAGAUUUCCGAAUCUAUGGUCAUUGCCAACCGCAGAGUCCAAUGGCGCCAGUCCCUUUACUGCAACUUCUUGCUUCAACGAGUUUUCCUGGCUUGCUCUCGAACCGACUGGGAACUCGCCAGCCAGACCCUUCGCGACCUCCGACAAGUCUUCCAGGAGCUCGGCUCCAACCUUCCAGACACAAUCGAGUGUCUAAUCGAAUAUGCCGCCGGCACUAUCGCCCAAGCAACAGGCGACCUAACCACCGCGCUAAACAUCUUCCGAUCACCUCUUCUGUCCCUUGACCCAGCAACCAGCAAAGCAGCCCGCAAUGACCCGUGCCGAGAUACGCGCAUUCUCGCUGGCCUGAACACGGUCCUCAUCAUUCGAGACCCAAGCCACCCGUCUCAUUCUCUUCUCGGCGCUGUAAUGGCAACCCUCGAACCAUUCUGCAAAGUCACCCCUAACAAGUACUUGCAAGCCGCCUACUUCCUGGUCUGCGCAACUGUGCACUCCGAAUCAACCAUUCAGACCAAGCAAUUCCUCCAACAAGCUCUUCAGUCCGCCACCGCAAUCAGUAACAGCCAGAUCACUUGUAUGACUCUGACAUUCAUGAGCUGGAAAUACUUCCGCGGUGUGGUCGGUGAGCAAGCAGAGAAAAGUGCGCGCGCAGGCCGAGCUAUGGCCAAGCGUGCGAACGACCGUCUAUGGGCGAGUGUUACUGAUGAUAUGCUCGCCGAGACUCUCGAGCGGCAAGGCAAGGGCGAGGAAGCUCAGAGUGUCCGCGAAGAAGGUCAACGUCUUGUCUCGGGCCUGCCACCUGGUUUGAGACGUUCGAAUUAA